AUUCUGCACGGUCAGGAACAGCGCAGGCACGCCUGUGCUCUCUGCGAACUCCUUGACUGUCGCCAGAUCCGCGGACGUCCAUGCCUUGGGUUGAUACCCGGGCAACGUGAUACGAUCGCGGAUCCACUGCGCGAUGAGCUCUACGUCCUCGAACGAGCUCAUGGUGUCGUGUAGUGUGGCUGGAUCCGAGGGUCGCGACGGCUCAAACUCUGCAAGAUGCGAAAAACCGAUUUAGCAGACAGCGAAUGAUGGUCACAGCUCGCCAUGGAACAUGGCAUUUACAUGCACUUCAUGUUGGCUAGCUAAGGGUGCGGCUUGCACCCUUCGGUCAUCGAGAUAGGAGCGUUGAGGUGUGCUUGAAGGCGUCUCUCGUAUUCCGCGCGCAUGUUCUCGCGGUUGUUCUGUAAACGUAUAAGUACCAUAUAAAUGGUACAGCCUGUCUCAUUUUUGACAUUCUGGAACUCAUAGCGUUGCGACCCCCUGCGCAUCGCGUGCUCAAUUGCGUCGCCCCCUGCAUCUAUCCCCGCUGUCAUGGCGAAGUCUUCGCCGAGCGAGAAGCGCCAGGAGGAGCGGCUGAUCCAGGAGCUGCGCGAUUUCCAGCGCUCCAACCCGUCCAAUAAGCGCUGCUUCGACUGCAAUGAGAUGGUAGGCGCCGGCUUCAUUGCCGAGCUCGACUGGACGUGCUGACGCUGUAAAUGCUACCAGAUGCCCCAAUACGUCUGCCUGGAUUUCAACACCUUCGUCUGCACUGCCUGCAGUGGCAUCCAGUAAGGGAACGCAUUGUUGCAUUAAUUAUCGGCUUUUAUUAACCAAUUCUGCUGCGGCUGCUGUUGGCAGCCGCGAGUUCGCCCAUCGAGUCAAGUCCAUUUCCAUGUCAAAAUUCACCGAGAGCGAGGUCAAGAACAUGAUCAACCAGGGCGGUAACGAGGCAGCGCAGAAGUAUUGGCGCAACAAGCACGACCCGAGCUUCCGUCCGAACGGAGGCAGUGACGGCGAGCGCACGCGGAACUUUAUUCGUUUGACGUACAUCGAUCGCAAGUGGGUGUAUGAAUCGCCGCGUCAUUCCAAGGAUGAAGAACCAGAGCGAGCGUCGUCGAAAAGCACCAAGAAGAAGGAGAAAAAAGCUGAUAGCGACGACGACUUCUUUUCUUCCAGCUCGAAGACAGCCAAGCCGACUACCGACAGUGGAUUUGCAGAUUUUUCCAACUUUGAAGGCAGCAGCAGAACUGCGGCUGCUGUGGCACAGUCAUUUGGGGAUUUCAGCAGCUUCGAUAGCCCAGCUCCUACACAGAAGCCCGAUGACGGGUUUGCAGCUUUUGGCGACUUCUCAGGGUGCAGCAGUACAGCGCAGAAGGCAACACCGAAGGCAGCGUCACGCCCGCCAGCCCCGAAGUUUGAUUCCUUCAAGAUUGCACCGCCUCCCGGAUCGCACUUCUCUGCUGCCAGUGUUACUUCACCCCCUGCUACGAAUGAUCUCAUGGGUCUUAGCCCACCGAAAAAAGCAGAUGACGACCUGUUCGGCUUUGACGCUCCAGCAGCAGCGUCCGGAACUCCGAGCAACGCCGCUCCUGCAGCUUCUUCCCCGUUUAACGCCUUCGAUGCCCCUACACCGACCAACCGAGCAGGUAGCCGCGCCAACUCAGUGGCAUCUCUCGACCCUUUCAGCGAUAUGACUGCAGCAGCCCCGUCGGCACCAGCGCCAAUUAAGCAGAAUUCUUCGCCAUUUGAUGCAUUCAGCUCUCCGAGUGCGGCGUCUCCUUCAUCGAUCGACGCUUUUGCUGCCCCAUCGCCUGCAUCCACCACCGGUAGCAACGUGUUCGAUGUGCUCGGUGGGAGUAAGGACCCGUUCGCGGAUUUCACGGGCUCCACUAGCUCGUCAAGAACAAACUCAGCCAAUCCUGUUCUGGAUCCGUUUGCCAAUCAACCCGAGAAACCUACAGCUGCUGCCGCUGAUCCAUUCGCAGCUUUCGAAGGUAUGCAGUCGAGCAGUGCAGCUCCGCCCCCAUCUAGUUGUGCUCCUACACCUGACUUCAGCUUUCCGAGUGGCAACAACGUAAACCAACAGCAAGCUGCGAUGAACGAUCCGUUCGAUUUUGCAAGCGGGACGAGUAACACUAACAGCGGAUUCCCGGCACAGCCUGCUCAUACUGCGACAAACCAGGGAUUCGGCGGCUUUCCUGGUGGCUUCCCGCAGCAGCAGCAGAAUGCGUUUGGAGGCCAAAUGCAACAGCCGAUGCAGCCAUUCCACCAAGGACAACCGCCACAAAACCAGCAACAAUGGCACGGCCAGCAACAGGGAUUUCCCGGACAACAGCCAAUGCACCCGACAGGACUCCACCACUACCCUGGACAGUUUCCCCCUCGCCCGACCGGUGGUGCCCCACCUGCACCGAUCCCAGUAAAGGUACGGAUAUUAUGGAGAAUGAUUUCCUUACUUUACUAACUGUACUAUCGGUCGUUCUGUUUGGUGUGUAGACUCCGGCAUCAGUAGCUUCGAUCAACGACCCGUUUGCUUCGUUAAAUCUCGGCAACCUGGGAUUCGGUAGUUCACACAGCAACACCAGCGCGGCUCGUACAGGCUCAGGAGGAGCAAACAGUUCGGCACCACCUAACAGAGCUGGCUCGACUAACUCUUUCGGGAACGCUCCAGCGGCGCCGAUGGGUUCGGGAUCAUUCAACUAUGCACAACCACAAGGUCGAGCGACUUCCUCGUUCACGCAACACUCGCAGAAUACCUCCGGGUUUGCCGAUCCGAACGCGUACGUGUCUCUACCGUUGCUUGGGUCGUGGCCAUUGCUCGUGUUAACUGUCUUAUGUAUUCCUUGUUGCCAUGUAGGUUUGGCGACUUCGCCAGCGCACCAGCUCCGGCACAGACACCGGCUUCUCCAGCAAACCCGUUUGACUUGUUUUGAGCGAUCAGACGCCACCUUGCGAACGCAGCUUUAGGUGGCGAUGCAAGGGAGGCAAUAGAGUUGAAGAUACAGCGAAAAAUGCCAAAAGAAGCAGCAAACUCCCCACUUCAUAAGUGUAACUCGCUUCCAAAACUCAUAUUCUAAUGCAGGUAUUAUGCCAUGAUCGUUCAGCAACAUCAGAGGGAAGGACAGAAAACAAGAGGAGGAUUUCAUGCUAGUCGCAGACCAAAGGAGCAAGUCGCUUGCUGCAUGCACUAGAAUGUAGCCCAUGCAGCAAGAAUCUCUACGUCCCUCUUUGCAUUGCGUAACACAAAAUCCGCCCGGACCGAAGAAAGCAGCAAAAUUAGCUGCGAUCAACCCAGUGACGGCAAAAGAGCACGAUCGGUUCUAUUCAGUACCGGUUACGAACUCUCUCCUAGCAGCGGUUAAUACCCCAGUAGCAAGCAGGAAGCUUAUUCCUCCUCGAUCUCGAUGUUGGUCUUCUCGGACACGUAGAUACCGUCAAGGAACUUACGGAUAUCCUUGCGACGCACCAAGCAGGCCUGCGUGAUGUUGGCGGCGUCCUGCGACACCUUCUGGAGGUCAAUGCCGCUCAGCUCGAUCUGGUCCUUGACGUCGCCCGUGCGCACGUACGAGACGCCCUCGGACAGAGCAACGCGACGUACGCGCUUCUCACCCAGGAAGUUACGGAUCUCCACAACGUUGUUCUCGAACGUCACGUUGAUGGGGAAGUGGGCGUACACGAAACGCAUCUUGUACAGGUAGCCGACACGCACACCCGUGAUCAUGUUCUCGAUCAACGAGCAGACGGUGCGCACGCAGGCGAGCUGCUUACGGUUGCCGAACCACAGGUCCACACGGAGCUGCUCCUUGUUGACACGGCGCAUGUCAAGGGUCAGGUGGCGGAAGUCGCGGUUAAGCGUGCCACGCUUGCCGGUCACGGUAACCUUGCGACCGUCAAGGACGACCUUGACGUCAUCGGGGAUGGUAACGAAGCGGGUAGCCAAAAGCUGACGGGGCAUCUUGCUGGAGUCUUGGGGGGAAUGCUAGUUCGCAAGUGGUUGGGUCAUUAUGUAUGCGGUGUAGCGCCUUGGCGAUUGACUGGCGCAGGUGAUUUUGCACUUGGAAUUUGUAUGGUUUCGAGUUUUAACCAAUGGAUAAUAGAUAAUAUGUGCCACAUAAGUGACACACCAGUUGCA